GGGCGGGCGUGGAUGUUGGUUAUCGGUUUCUGAUUCUGCUUUGUACCUUUGCACACGCAAGAACACAGAGACUAAGACGGCUUUUUUGUGCAGUUCGAUCGCGAUUCGGAACUGAUUCGUGAAGAUCAUUGGACGAGUAAGGAAGGGACUGAUAAGAAAAAGAGAACGAUAUUGUCGGAUAAAGAGAGGAAAUCGCAGUCAUGAGUGACAUUCAGAUCCCGAAGAAGCACAAGGCGGCUGUGUAUGAUAAGCCGGGCACGCUGUCGACAAAGAUUGAGGAGUUGGAUGUACCUGAGCCUGGGGCCGGUGAGGUGUUGAUCAAUCUAACACACUCGGGAGUCUGCCACUCAGACAUGGGCGUCAUGCUCAACGCAUGGAGCAUCCUGCCCUUCCCCACCCAAGCCGGACAGGUCGGCGGCCACGAGGGCGUCGGCAAGAUCGUCAAGAUGGGGCCCGGCACCGACAACUCGGCCGUCAAGCUCGGCGACCGCGUCGGCAUCAAGUGGAUGGCCGGUAUCUGCGAGGCAUGCGAGGCCUGCCGCGCCGGCAUGGACGCAUCCUGCUUCAACGGCAAAAUCUCCGGAUACUACACCCCCGGCACCUUCCAGCAGUACGUCCUCAGCCCCGCGAACUACGUCACGCCCAUCCCCGACGGUCUCGACUCGGCCGCCGCCGCGCCGCUGCUCUGCGCAGGCGUGACCGUGUACGCAGCGCUGCGCAAGACGAACGCGGACUCCGGCAACUUCGUCGUCAUCAUGGGCGCCGGCGGCGGCCUGGGCCAUCUCGCUGUGCAGUACAGCGCGCGCGGCAUCGGCCACCGCGUCAUCGGCAUCGACCACUCGUCGAAGAAAGACCUCGUCCUCGAGAGCGGCGCAGAGCACUUCAUCCCCGUCGACGGCACCGCCUCGCUCGCCGACGCCGUAAAAGAACUCACAGGCGGCCACGGCGCGCAUGCCGUCGUCGUCUGCACCGCGCACCAGGGCGCCUACGACGAGUCGGCCAACCUGCUGCGCUUCGGCGGGCGCGUGGUGUGCGUCGGCAUUCCCGAGGGCGACCAGAAGCCGAUUGCGAGCGCGACCGCGUCGUUGAUGGUGGGCAAGGCGUUGCAGAUUGUGGGGUCGGCGGUGGGGACGCGGAAGGAGGCGAUUGAGGCGAUUGAGUUUGCGGCCAGGGGCGUUGUGAAGACGCAUUUCCGCGUCGAGAAGCUGGACAAGCUGACGGAUGUGUUUAAGGAGAUGGAGGCGCAGAAGUUGAAGGGGAGGGUGGUUAUUGAUCUUUCUGAUUGAGCGUGUUGUGUGUUUAAUGAAAUGCAAAUGAUGGAUUUAAAUUGUGCUCUUCAACGCAGACCAGGG